CUUUGGGCCAGUGCAGCCAGCAGGCAUUCUUUGCAGCUCGACCCACAAACAGGUGCUGUUCUGCUACUGCAUCUCACUGCUGGAAGGAUGCUUUCCUCAGCCUGGUGGGCGCUUCUGGGCAUCAGCAUAGCUAUGCCAGGACAGGCAGCAGCAGCAGGCAAUUUCCCUCCACCUUGUGACAGCCAAAUCUACUGCACCGGGGAACUCCUGAGGCAGGUCCAGCUGAGCGAGCUCUAUGCUGAUGACAAGUACUUUGUGGACAUGCCCCUGCGAAUGAGCCCGGACAAGGUUCUGGAGGACUUCUGGCAGCUGGUGAAUGCAACGCCUACGGGGGAUUUGGCCAAGCAGCAGCUGGAGAUGUUUGUGAAGACGCAUUUCUUUCCCCCUGGGCAGGAGUUUGAGCAGUGGGAGCCUUCCGACUGGACGCCCAGCCCGGCGCUGCUCGAGCGGAUUUCUGACGAGAGGCUGCGGUGGUGGGCUCAGGAGCUGAACGCCAAGUGGAAGCAGCUGGGCAGGAAGGUCAAAGCCGAUGUCCAGGCCAGCCCGGAGAACUACUCCCUGAUCUACGUGCCCCACCCACUGAUGGUGCCCGGCGGGCGAUUCAUUGAAUAUUACUACUGGGAUUCCUUCUGGGUCAUCCAGGGGCUGCUGCUCUGCGACUUGACAGCCACCGCGAAGGGCAUGAUCCAGAACUUCCUCUACCUGGUGGAGAAGUUUGGACACAUCCCGAACGGCGGCCGCGUCUACUACCAGCGCCGGAGCCAGCCGCCUCUCCUGGCUCUCAUGAUGGAGGCGUACCUGGAGCGCACGGCGGACCUGGCCUUCCUGAACGAGAGCAUCCACCUGCUGGACGAGGAGUACCGCUUCUGGCAGGAGCAGCGCGCCGUCAACGUCAGCUGGGGCGGCCAGCAGCACACCCUGAACCGCUACCGCGUGCCGGCGGGCGAGCCCAGGCCCGAGGCCUACCGGAGGGACGCGGCGCUGGCCCGAGGCCUGGAGGCCGGCGCCCGGCAGGAGCUGUGGGCCGAGCUGCAGGGGGCGGCCGAGUCCGGCUGGGACUUCUCGUCGCGCUGGCUGCUGCCGCCGCCGCCGCCCGCCCGCGCCUCGCUGCGCGACACGCAGACCAGCGCCGCCGUGCCGGUGGACCUCAACGCCGUGCUGUGCCGCGUCGAGGCGCUCCUGGCCGCCUUCCACGCCCGCCUGGGGCACGCCGAGCAAGCCCAGCGGUUCCGCGCGGCGCACGAGCGGCGGGUGGCCGCGCUGCGGGCGGUGCUCUGGGACGAGGAGGCGGGCGUGUGGCUGGACUUCAACCUCCGGCGCCGCAGGCGCAACCCCGCCUUCUACCCCUCCAACCUAACCCCGCUGUGGGCGGAGUGCGGCGUGGACGCGGCCGCCGCUGAGAAGGCCCUGCGCUACCUGCAGGGGAGCGGAGCACUGACUUAUACCAAUGGGCUGCCCACGUCACUGGCUCACACAGGGGAACAGUGGGACCUUCCAAAUGCAUGGGCCCCGCUCCAGCACAUGGUGAUUGCGGGUCUGGCCAAGUCACCGUCCUCCAAGGCCCAAGAGCUGGCCUUCACCUUAGCUCAGAACUGGGUGAGAAUGAACCUGGCUGUCUACGAGACAUACCAGGCCAUGUUUGAGAAGUACGACGUUGAAGGUGACGGGUCCCCAGGUGCUGGAGGAGAGUAUGCAGUCCAGGAAGGCUUUGGCUGGACGAAUGGAGUGGCACUGCAGCUCUUGGACCUCUACGGCAACCGCCUCACUGCAGCAGCCUCAUCCCUGCCUCGCUGCUGGGCCUGGGUCGGGGCCUUCCUCGUAGUGUUCCUUGCACAGGCGCCUUUGUGAAUUGGGGAAGUAGAAGCUUGCUUGUGGCUGGGCUAGAGCACCGGCUCAGGAAUAAAAACUGAACGGCCCGGCUCCUGCACUAACUUCUUAUCAA